AAAAUGUGCAUUUUUAGCCGACAUCAUCACUGUUGAAUGUUGAUGUACGAAUUGCCAGCCUGUCAAUCAAACAAUGCAAGAAAAAGUGAAAAAACAUUCCACCAACGGAUCUUCCGGUUUUGUGCCGCUUAGUAGCAAACUAACUGAACGUAGUCAAUCCCGGGAGGUGAGCUUUUUUUCCAUCGAAUUAUUCCCACCGAAAACAUGGAAAGCUUUGGAUAAUCUGGUUCCAUUGUUGAAUAAUUUCCGACAAUUGGGCUCUCUAUUUUCCACCGUCACUUGGCAUUCGACAAUGAACCAAUUGGAUAAUAUGGACGAUAUACUCAGUAUGCAAGUGGCAGAAAUUGCCCUCAAUUAUUGUUGGCUUGACACCAUGAUCCAUUUGACCUGUGUCGAUAUGACAACCGACAAAAUGUUGGCUAUUCUAGAACGACUCAAGCAGAUUGGCAUCACAAACAUAUUGGCUCUUCGUGGUGAUCUGAACGAAAAUACCGUUGGAGACUUUCAUUACGCAUCCGACCUGGUAGGUUUUAUUCGUCAUCAUUAUGGUGAUUAUUUUACCAUCGCUGUGGCCGGAUAUCCGAUCAAACACCCCGAAUCUAUGAACAAACAACAAGAUCGAGAAAAUCUGAAGAAAAAGGUGGAUGCUGGUGCCGAUUUCAUUAUCACGCAGCUGUUCUUCGAAGCAGAUGUCUACAUUGAUUUUGUUGACGAAUGUCGUGCCAUCGGUAUCGAGGUGCCCAUUCUGCCCGGAAUCAUGCCCAUACAAAGUUACGAUUCUUUGACAAAAAUUACACGUUUAUCUCAACUGGACAUACCGAAUCGAAUCAUCCAAGAUUUGGAACCUAUUCGCAAUAAUGACGAAGCUGUUCGUAACUAUGGUAUUGAAUGGACCAUUCAUCUUUGUCGACAAUUGAUGCAAUCCGGUCGUACUCCAGGGCUUCACUUUUUCACAUUGAAUCGACAACAUGCCACAGCUACCAUAGUGAAAGCGUUGGAAAUUGGCUACAGUUUUUGUCAUAAACCAUUGCCCUGGAAGCAGCCGGUAAACCAUCGCCGUUGUAGCGAGAAUGUACGACCCAUAUUUUGGUCAGGGCGGCCAGAAAGCUAUGUACAACGAACCAAUACUUGGGAUGAAUUUCCUAAUGGUCGUUGGGGUCGAGUUCAUUCGCCUUCAUUCGGUUCGUUGAACGAUUACCAUUUGUUUGCCGCAUUGGAUUCGAUAACGCCGAAAAAUCGCAAACGAUAUGCUGCCAUGUGGGGUAAACAAUUGCUUGAUGAACAAGAUGUGUGGCAUAUAUUCGAAGCGUACGUAGCUGGCACUAACAAUCGUUUCGGUCAUAAAGUUGAAUCACUACCCUGGAAUGAUGAAGGACUGGCACCCGAAACCAAUGUGAUACGGCAUCGUUUGUCUCAUCUGAACAGACAUGGUAUUCUUACCAUCAAUUCGCAGCCCAAUGUCAAUGGAAUUAGUUCCAGUGAUUCGAUACAUGGCUGGGGAUCACCAAACGGCUACGUUUAUCAAAAAGCAUAUGUCGAGUUUUUCAUUUCUCAGCAUAAAAUUGACUGCCUGUUGAAAAUUUUGCCACACUAUCCACUGGUCAACUAUCAAAUCACCAACAGCAAGGGCGAUCCGUUCUAUACAAACUGUGAUGAAGACGAACCGAUAGCAGUGACAUGGGGCGUGUUUCCUGGCAAAGAAAUCAUCCAGCCGACCAUCGUGGAUGUCGUCAGCUUUAAAGUCUGGAAAGACGAAGCUUUCAGUCUAUGGAUGAACAAAUGGGCUCGUGUCUAUCCGGACGAGGAUGUUGAAUCGCACAGCGUUCUUGGUUCGAUCUGUAACACAUACUACCUGGUCAAUCUGGUCGACAAUGAUUAUCCGAACGAAACAUGUUUGUGGUCCAUACUGGAACAAGUGAUAGUUUCGAACCACUGUACUUCGAGCAGUCAUGAGGUGUGA